AUGGGCAAGGGACUGAAAGGAUAUUUGAAAAAAGCCAUCGGUCACAAUGUCUACACUUUGACCCCUUACAGUCUCAUCCGUCGGAAAACGAGGAAAAGCAAACACCAACCAGUUGACGGCCAGGAUGACAGUAAUAUGAAUCAGGAAUUUUUGGAGGACGAAAUACAAGAUCUGGUCUCUGCUGUACAAUCGAAGAUUGAUUCCCUUGAGAAAAAGUGCUGCGAUGAAAAGGACGAACUUGAUUGGAGAACUGGCUGUUUUUCUUGUGGCGAUGCUGCAGCUUACCCUGCCUGCAAGUUGAACUUCCGGCAGAAGAAAAAGAACAGCUGGCGAGAGACGAAAGGGAAAGAAGAGAAGACUAACUACAGUCGAUACCACGAAGAUCUUUGUGACGACGAUUGGGACCACUUCUGGCGAUUAAGAAUGUACUUCUCCCGUGUGCAAUCCUGUGUCGAAAAAUACUGCGACGAGUCGCCAGAUACAAUGGAAAUUGACAUUCACGUUCCCAGAGCAUGCCAUCUGAUCCGAAUCCUACAAUUGCUCUCUCUUCCACGAUAUAGUAUUGAAGAUGUGCCUCAGCAAAUUGUCAAUAUUCUCUCUGCGGCUUUGGCAGGGCCUUAUCAACAACUUCACAACAGGAACAGCUAUGUGUCUAAUUUGAGAGUAAUCGAGUGUCACGACAUCCAAAUAACACUUCCUACCAUGCAACUUCUGCGCAAUGUACUGCUUCAUUCUGAGUCCUUGGAGCAAUUACAUUUGAAUAGCUGCAUUUUACCGGAAACUACAGAGCACCAGCUGCCACUUGUUCAGUUACUUGGGGACGGUUUGACGAACGCAAAGAGUAUUCAUUUCAAAGUUCUUUGUCUCCCGACUUGUUACUUUACUGAUGGUAGUGUUGGUCAUCUGAUAUCGCAACUCGCUUCACCAAGCCGAACGAAUGGCGAUGUUUCUGAGCAGUUUAAAUUGGAAACACUGAUUUUGCAAUCAACAGGUUGUGAUCAACAGACUUUGACAACCUUGGCGUCGUGGUUGGAGCAACCAAAGUGUCCAUUGCGCUUUCUUGAUCUCUCCAGGUGUUCCGAAUCCUUGGACCUUUCACCACUAAGCCGUGCCCUGAAAGUGCAAAAUCGGCAGCAAGUAGAGCAAUUUGGGAGUGGCCUCCGUCGCCUCGAUCUUGCGUUCAAUGCCUUGUCUGAAGAAGGAAUUCGGCUCUUGGCGGAUGCUCUCAAGCAAGAACAACGUCUACAAGUUCCCUCCGCCGGGAAUAAUCAUGCGACUGCUAUGAGUGGGUUAAGGAGCCUGAACUUGGCAGCCAACAGAAGUGGGGUUUAUCAGACAACUACAUGUCGAGGUUUUCAGUAUUUGGGAGAAGCCCUGUCUCUUUGUCAUAGUCUUCAAUAUCUGGAUGUAUCCUACGUUCGCUUUGAUCCAGCUGCACUCAAUGCAUUUUGUAAUGGACUUGCAGCUAAUGACAGCAUCACUGAUUUGCGCAUCCAGCGUCCAAGGUUUGUUGGCUUUCCAGAGGCGGGGACGGCUAUGGGUGCUGAUUGGAUUUCCAGCUGGGGAGGCACAGAGCUUCUCCAGCACAGCCUCAUUCCACCGUUAUCGCCAGCAACAUGCAUGGAGUAUCUUUGCCAAAUAUUGGUCACCUCGAUGCCACAGUUGAAGCUUUUGGACGUUUCAUACUCCAUGGGUGUUCCAAUUUUUUUCUUCGAAAACAUUUGUCUGAUAAAGGGGCUAGAGCAGAUAUCUCUCCUGGGCUAUAGUGACUUCAUGACGCCCUCUGUUCCAAGUAGCACUUUCGGUGACAGGAGGGACCAAGCGUUGAUACGGGGGGUUUCAAAGAGUACAAAUAUUGUGAAAGUUUUCGGCUUGGAUGGAGCUCACUGUGGGACUAGCAUAGACUUUUAUGUACGACUGAACAGAGGAGGUAGGAAGUAUUUGCGCCAGCCGUUCUCUUCGUCACUCUGGCCACGUAUUCUUAAACGAUCAAAUCAACAGGCAGAUGUGCUCUAUCAUCUGCUGAGAGAAGGAGCUGUUUCUGUAAUGUAA